UUGGAGCCGAGCUGGUCCCCUCUUCCGCCGGUUACACCAUUCUUUUCUUCGGUAGUCAGCCGUGGCAGUUUGUGUUCAAUGGUCGAGUCCAAAGAAAUGUAAAGUGCCGGCAGUGUACUAAAUUUUCACUACUGGCUACUGAUAAAAGCAAAUGUAGUGUUAAUUACAGUGCUGUGUAGUUGCGGUGUAGUGAUGAUAAAGGGGAAUAUUUUAGUCACUUUUAAUUGGAAUAACCGUUUGCGGAAAGUUGAAGGACGAUGAAGUCGCUACCGCCCACUAUUGCCAUAUUUUUCGGGACGUUUUUCGUUUGCUAUCCAGGAUGCAGUGCCAAUUUACCCCCCGUGUUCUCAAUGGACAUAAACAAUUUAGCCUUAUCGGAAAAAACUCCAGUAGGUAGCGUCGUCUACACUUUAGAAGGAUCAGAUCCUGAAAACAGUACUGUACAUUUUAAUCUCGAAGGAACUGACGUUUUAAAAGUUAAUCGCAACACGGGAGCUGUUACCGUUGUUAAACCUCUGGAUUAUGAGACAAAUUCCACUUUAAACGUGAUUGUGAGUAUUGAGGAUGAAGUUGAAGGCGGCAGAAAUAACAUGGUGUCAGUUCCUGCCAACAUAAUUAUCCUAGACGAGAAUGAUAACGCUCCAGAUUUUAUAGACGCACCUUAUGAUAUCCUAGCACACGAGGAUACCACAGUCGGUACGACAAUUUUCUCCAAAAUUUUUGUGGAGGACAAGGACACUACCGGUGCCAAUUUGGAAGUAGAAUGCAUCAACUUGCCCGAAUACCAGAACGCUUGCGAUUUUUUCCAAGUGGAGACGCUCCAAUCGGCCCAGAAUUCCUACCACGGUGCUAUAGUUUUAAGAAGGAAAGUCAACUACACCCAGCAGGACAAGCACCAGUUCCUGCUCAAAGCCACAGACGGAGAGCUGAGCAGUAGCACGAGCGUUACAGUUAACAUCGGGGAUGUUCAAGACACUCCGCCUCGUUUCAUCGGUAAUUUAGUAGCGGAAAUGAGUGAAAACGCGACUAUUAACAGUCUGGUCAUGACGAUCCAUGCGGAAGACGGAGACAGAGGGGUUCCAAGGAAGAUCGUCUAUGAACUCAUUAACAAUCCCAUGGAUUAUUUCAUCCUGGACGCGGUUACCGGGGAGCUGCGGACCGCCAGACCCCUGGACAAGGAAGCCGUCAACAAUCCAGACGGCUUAUUAACUCUAAACGUUAAGGCCCACGAGCUGGUGGACGGCAUAAAAGGCACCGACCCGUCGACGGUGACAAACGCCGAAGUGCUGAUAAAAAUUAAAGACGUGAACGACGAGCCACCGGCCUUCAACAAGCGCGAAUACUUCGUGCAAAUUCCGGAGAACAUCUCCGAAGGUUCACCGUUGCCGGGCUUGGAAAUGGUGGUAACCGAUCCGGACGAAGGAAACAAUUCGGUUUUUUCCCUCCAACUGAACGACAUAUCGUCUGCAUUUUCAAUCGAACCGAAAACGGUGAUCGGUUCAUCGGCCGUCACAAUCCGGGUCGCCAACAGUUCGCUGGAUUAUGAAGACUUGAAUCAGAGGAAAUUCAUCAUUUUGGCGUUGGCCAAGGAACUGUACACGGAGGAAAAGCUGUCGUCGACGGCCACUGUCACGGUCUCGGUGAGCGAUAUUAACGAUAAUGCCCCAACUUUCGAUCAAGACGGAUACUCGACGGCUAUUUCGGAAGUCUCUUCGCCCGGAACUCCAAUCAUAACAAUAACAGCACGGGAUAGAGACAGCGGGAAGUUUGGAGAAGAUGGCAUUUUUUACCAUAUUUCAGGCAGUGGUAGCGAACGGUUUGUUGUUCACAACAGGACAGGGACUGUGGCCGUGGCCGAGUGUGAACAUCCAGGGAAAAAACCAUGUCUGGAUUUCGAGGACAAGGCGGAGUAUCAUUUGCAGUUUAUCGCGACGGACGACGAUGGCAAGGGCCAGACCACGAAAGUGCCUUUAAAAAUCCUCCUCACUGAUAAUAACGACAACGCGCCCGUGUUCACCCAAUCGAUAUAUCGGGCUUUUAUUAACGAGGGGGCCGUUCGAUUCGAUCCCGAUCUUAUAAUCGAAGCCGUGGAUGCCGACAAAACGUCUCACGUUACUUAUUCGAUUAUUUCCGGCAACGACGAAGGCUUGUUUAGCAUCGAACCCAAUUUGGGCAAAAUCCGAAUCUCAAACAGUAAAGGAGUUGACGUCAGUAACGACACCGAAAACGUUAUUUUAUUGACUGUAAUGGCAAGUGACGGUACUUUUACAACUACGUCCCUAGUUAACAUCACGAUACGAGACGUCAAUAACAACCAUCCCAUCUUUACGAAGGAGAAUUACGUUGUUGCGAUUGCCGAGGAUGUCACUAUUGGAUCAAGCAUCAUCCAAUUGCAAGCUAAUGAUAUGGAUACGGGAUCAAACGCCGAAAUCGAAUACUCCAUUCAAAAGGGAGCUUACGACGACUUUCAAAUUGAUAACACAACAGGUGUUGUUGUGGUCGCUUCCAAACUGGAUUUCGAUCGGCGCAAUACUUACAACAUUGAAAUUAUAGCGAGGGAUCACGGAGAGCCUCCUCUCACUGGAACCACGACUCUGACAGCUAACAUCAUCAAUACAAACGACAAAAUGCCCUACUUUGUGCCCACCACCCAAAAAGCCGAAAUUAUGGAAGAUGCUCCAAUCGGAAGUGUAGUCCAUACACUAAUCGCCUUAGAUCCCGAUGUUAACUCCACGGAAGCUUUGAAUUUCGCUGCGACUGAACCCAUUACAGCCCUGGAUAAGCAUGGGAACGAAGUUUUUAAUGAUGAUGUUUAUCGUGGCUUUUUUUCGGUCGAUAAAACCACCGGAAAAGUUACGGUGUUGAAUAAACUUCAAAGGGACGUCGCGGCGAUCGUCAGGAUUACGGUCCUUGUGACGGAUAUUACGGCCCCCACCGUGCAACAAGGAGAAGGCUUAUUGAUCAUCACGAUCACUGACGUGAACGACUCUCCGCCGGUGUUUUUGCCCCCAUGGACGCCCGAAACCCCUCUUUAUACUCUCGAGCUGAAAGAAGAACAGCCCGUUGGAACGAUUGUUGCAACUUACAAAGCGAUCGAUGAUGGUUCAGACAUCGCCGGUUACGCUAUCCUCCCCGAAAAUGAGUAUUUUGAAAUCAACAACGGCACUGGAAUCGUCCAGAUUAGGAAACAAAUCGACUACGAAAAAACGCCGCAACUAAAUUUCACAAUCCUGGCGUUCGAUUCCGGUAUUCCCCAACUAAAUACUUCUGCGAGUGUGUUUGUCAAAGUGAUAAAUCUCAACGACAACGAUCCCAUUUUCUCGGAAAAAAAUUAUAAAGCGAGCAUCUAUGAAAACUCGCCGAACGGUACUUUUGUCGUGCAAGUUAAAGCGACAGAUGCCGACUCGGGGGAUUACGGCAAACUAAAUUAUGAAUUGACGGGAGAGCAUAGCGAGAAUUUCGAAAUAACACCCGAUACGGGGGUUAUCACAGUGGCCAAUUCCAACUUUUUGGAUCAUGAGAAGAUCAACGAGACCGUCAUUCAAGUGGUGGCUAGUGAUGGGGCCCCACACGGUUUUAAAAGAUCGGUCACGGUGCCCGUUAAUAUCAACAUCUUGGAUGUUAACGAUAACGCGCCCAAAUUUAAUCAAAGCGAAUAUAACGUGACCGUAAUAGAAAACGUGAGACUCAACCCUCCACAGCCAUUAUUGCAAGUAAAUGCCACUGAUGAAGAUAGUGGCAUUAACGGAAACAUUCAUUAUGAUAUUAUUGGAGGAAACGACAACGACGUAUUUUUGCUCGGGGUCGAGACGGGAAUCCUCUACCCGCAUAAAUCCCUCUUAGGCCAAAAAAGAAACUUUCAUCUUGUCAUAGAAGCUCGAGAUGGGGGAGGAAACGGUCAAUUAUUUGACCGUGCGGUUAUAAAUGUACAGGUUCUGAAUGUGAACGAACAUCGGCCCGACUUUAUUAUACCGUUCCUACCGAACGCCACAGUCGAAAUAACCGAGAACGCAGCUGUGGAAAAUUAUCUAGUCAUGACAGUCAAAGCGACUGAUAAAGACGAGAACGAAAACGGAAGAAUCACAUAUCAUUUGAAAGUGGACGGGGAAAACGUUCAAGAAACGAACGAAUUUUCCAUAGACGCCAACACGGGCGAACUGAGGAGCAAAAAAUUCCUAGACCGGGAGGAAACAUCCAAAUACGAGUUGGUUUUAGUUGCCAGGGACCACGGUUCGCCCAAAUGGUUCGAGACUUUGCGCUACUUAACCAUUCUGUUAGUCGACACGAACGACAACCGCCCGGAAUUCCCGGAUUCGCAUUCAGCGAAUCCGUACCACUUUUACGUGACUGAGAAUGAUAAAAGUGGUGUCAGAAUCGGCCAAGUCAAAGCUCUGGAUCGAGACGAAGGAAAUCACGCCAAAGUCUACUACUACUUUCUGAGAGGUAACGAAAACGGCGAUUUCCGCCUCGACAAGACCGAGGGCUAUUUAUACGCGAACAAAUCGUUCGAUCGGGAGCGCCAAGACGAAUACAACUUGUACAUCAUCGCGACCAACGACGCAGAUUACUACAUCUCGCCCCAAGACCGGGAAAAGUUGGCCGAAGCGGACAUAAUCCACGACAGCAGCAUCGCUAAAAUCACGGUGACCAUAACCGACCUAAACGACAACGUGCCCGUUUUUGAGCAAGCGAUUUACUACUCGGCCGUAAACGCAAUGGCCGAAAUCAACGACUUUGUGACGAACGUAACGGCGUUUGAUCCAGACUUGGGCCCGAACGGCUCUCUGACCUACUACAUCAAAGCGGCAAACUUGUACAAAUACGGAUCCAACAAAAGCUCAGGCUCGAUCAUACCCUCACCUUUCAACAUCACAGACAAGGGCGAGAUGUGCACGGCCAAUUACUUGGCCGAAAACAACCAACACCGCUUCGUUGUCGACAUAAUCGCACGGGAGAACGCCUUCCCGGAACGCGAGGCUUACACACAAGUCCAUGUGUGGAUUUUCGAGCCCGAGCAGCUAAUCCGGGUCAUUUUGUCGCGACCUUCCGACGAAGUUGUGCGAGAACGAGACGAAAUUGUGGCCGAACUGAGCAAUGCCACGCAAAGUCUUGUCAUUAUCGACGAAAUCAGGUACCACACCGAUGACAACGGCUACAAAAAUGAGGAAUGGUCGGAUAUGUACAUUUUGGUGGUAGACCCGCUCACUCAAAACAUACUACCGGUCCCCGAAGUCCUGAAAAUAAUUGAUUCGAAAUACGACUUCCUGAAGGAUUACUACGCCGGGUUUGCCAUCGAAAACGUGGUCCCGGCGUUCGUAAUGGAGAAGGACGAGUCCUUCGAUCCCGCUCUGGCGGCGCUUAUUGCCCUCCUCAUUGUGCUUUUUGUCGGUGUUAUAACAUUUAUAAUCGUUUGUUGUUGUUUGCGGCACUGGGUUAUCUCACCCACUGAUCUUAAGAAAAAAGACGCUUUGAUUAAAAAGGCCAUAAUCGACGAUUUGAACACCACCGAAAAUCCCUUAUGGAUCGAACAGAAAUUGAAAAUUUACGAGGAACAAGAACUGACAAUGCAAGUGUUUAACGAGCCGGAACAGAACGUCUUGGGCCGAAGAAACAGCGACGAUUUUAUUCCUGACGAUAAUACCUAUGCCACAAUCCAGCACCCAAACCGGCGUGGCUCUGCCCACAUUGCUUCGAGAUCACUAGCCGAUGAUUUGGCCGAUUAUGCGACCUUGUCCGGAGUGCCCCAUCAGACUGACAGUUCGCACAGUUCCCUAAGAGGGGCCCCAAAUUUUUAUGAAGCUGCAAUGGGCUUCCAAGGCUCGACUUUCCAAGUGCCAGAGCGGAUGAGUAACGAUGAUUAUGGCUCGUACCGGACGAGAUUUAAAGGCUCCGAACUGACCAUUAACCAGGCUGGACAGCCCGAAUACGUAGCCGAACUAAUUUAGACUUAGGUUGAUAAAAAUAUCUGUGACUAGUGCGAAAGUGAUGACAAUAGUGAUUUAUGAAGGGACUGCUAUGUAAAUACCGUUUGAUCGAUUUUUUUCCACUUUGUGUUACAUUGGCGGUUCUUUCUGAAUCAAGACAGUUUUUCUACGAGUGAUAUCUACAAAGUUUCUAUUCAAAGUUACGUACCGUUACCUGAAUACUGAGUAGAUUAUCUGACUGGAUCUGGAACCCUGUUAUUCGAUUGUGACGUAACUAUUUCUUAAAUUAAUCAGCGAUUUUUUAGUUAGGGUUAACCGACACAUUACUGAGGGCCAUAUCAGUUUAUACGUUUUCUAGACCGUUGUAUUGCGUUAAUGUUAGGAAAGAAUGUCUUUUUAUUUAUUUUUUUACUGUAAUUAUUGAAUGAAUAGAUUUUACACAAACUGGAA